CACACAUUCUCACAUGUCACACAAAAAUCUUCCAACUGCAGUCUUUGGUUUGCUUCCUCUUUUUCUUCUUCCUCUGCUGAAUUGCUUUCAGUUACAACCUUAGCGUGCGUGUCUGAAUCUUAUUUACCUUACCCUCUUCUCUUCUUUAUUACUACAUCAUUUUACUCAUGUAACUGAUAUUUGAUUAAGGUACCAUCUCUCUUUGCAUGUGAUGUCCAACAACUUGUUACAAGUAUUUUAAACCAUUCCCAUCAUGGUUUCUGUCAUGGAAUCUCGUUAAUUUUGCGACUCUGUUCGUGUUCUGUCUUGCCCAUUUAUCUCAAGCGUUUCUGAGUUGUAACUAAUGCAGCUUAUGAUGGGUUUCCGCUAAUUUGUUUGGACUGUUCUCCAAGGCUAUACCUUUAGAAUUCAAUUUCAGUUUGAAUGUGACAGACAAACGUGAAUGUUUAAUGUUUACGUUUGGUCUCGCAGAAUGAUGAUUAUAUGGAAGGUUUCUGUGGUAAGAUAGUGAAAGAGGUUUUGGAUCUUGGCUUUGUCAUGGUCUAACUCUGCUCUUCAUUUUCUGCCUAUGGAGAGUGUUUGUUAUUCAUUUGCUAACUUCUCAUUCUUUUGCCAGUCUUAACAAUAUAUCCAGAACAUUUUCAUUGUUAUUCUAAAUGUGAAUUCAUCAUCUGGAUUCGUUUAUUCGUUUUCCGGCCUUAUUCCUAAAUCUAAGAGAUGAUUAUCCUUUUUUUCUUGCUUUCCUAUUUAGGAAGAAUAAGACAUGUAGGUUUUGCCUCUCCCUGCUCAAAGUUUUGUUAUAGAUACUUUUACUAAGCAACUUUAAUCACUAUUUGCCUCUAGAGUCACUUGAAGUGAUUCACCAUCUUCCACUCACACCUUCUGCUAACCAAAACUUAGACCAGUAUUCAUCCCUUGAUAUUCCAAUACCUUCAUGGAAGAAACAUUUGUUCCCUUACGCGGGAUCAAGAACGACCUCAAAGGAAGACUUGUGUGCUACAAACAAGAUUGGACUAGUGGAUUCCAGGCAGGCAUCAGGAUCCUUGCCCCAACUACAUAUAUAUUUUUUGCUUCAGCAAUUCCAGUUAUCUCUUUUGGAGAGCAACUAGAGAGAAACACAGAUGGAGCUCUAACUGCAGUGCAGACCCUUGCAUCAACCGCACUAUGUGGCAUUGUCCAUUCAAUCUUUGGCGGGCAGCCCCUCCUCAUACUAGGUGUAGCCGAGCCAACUGUUCUGAUGUACACAUUCCUUUAUGACUUCGCAAAGGAUAGAAAGGAUUUGGGUCACAAACUAUUCCUUCCUUGGACUGGAUGGGUGUGUGUUUGGACUGCCUUGUUGCUCUUCUUGCUGGCAAUUCUUGGUGCAUGCUCCAUAAUCAACAGAUUCACACGCCUAGCAGGUGAACUAUUUGGUCUGCUAAUUGCAAUGCUCUUUAUGCAGCAGGCAAUAAGGGGACUUGUGGAAGAGUUCGGUGCAGCCCAGUCCAAGAGAGAAGUUACCAAUCAGAUUGCACUCCAAUCCUCUUGGCUGUUUGGAAAUGGAAUGUUUGCUUUGGUUUUGUCAUUCGGCCUUCUGUUUACUGCACUAAGAAGCCGUAAGGCUAGAUCCUGGAGAUAUGGAACAGGAUGGUUGCGGGGAUUUGUAGCUGAUUAUGGAGUCCCACUAAUGGUUCUUGUGUGGACUGCUGUGUCUUAUAUACCUACCAAUAAGGUUCCAAGGGGAAUCCCAAGGCGACUUUUCAGUCCAAAUCCAUGGUCUCCUGGUGCAUACUCAAAUUGGACUGUAAUUAAGGAAAUGUUGAAUGUGCCUCCCAUGUAUAUUAUUGGAGCAUUUAUACCAGCAACCAUGAUUGCUGUGCUUUACUACUUUGAUCACAGUGUUGCAUCACAACUUGCCCAGCAGAAGGAGUUCAAUCUAAGAAAACCCUCAUCUUAUCAUUAUGACCUUCUCCUCUUGGGCUUCCUGACCAUUUUGUGUGGGCUUAUUGGAAUACCUCCAUCCAACGGUGUGAUUCCCCAAUCUCCAAUGCAUACUAAAAGCUUAGCUACUCUAAAACAUCAGCUCUUGCGGAAUAAGCUUGUAUCGGCUGCACGAAAAAGCAUACAGAAAAAUAUGAACCUUUGUCAAUUAUACCGAAGUAUGCAAGAAGCAUAUGAUCAAAUGCAGACUCCAUUAGCUCACCAAAUACCACCAGCCAUGGGGCUAAAGGAGUUGAAGGAAUCCACCGUUCAACUGGCUUCAAGUCAUGGAUACAUUGAUGCCCCUAUUGAUGAGGUUGUUUUUGAUGUGGAUAAGGAUAUUGAUGAUCUUUUGCCGGUUGAAGUUAAAGAACAGCGUCUCAGCAAUCUGCUGCAGGCAUUGAUGGUCGGGGCUUGUGUUGCUGCUAUGCCUCUUUUGAAGAAGAUACCGACUUCAGUGCUUUGGGGUUACUUUGCUUUCAUGGCAAUUGAAAGCUUGCCCGGAAAUCAGUUUUGGGAGAGAAUCUUGUAUCUUUUCACUGCUCCGAGUCGAAGAUACAAAGUGAUGGAGAAACAUCAUGCGAUAUUUGUUGAGACCGUGCCCUUCAAAACGAUUGCCAUGUUUACCUUAUUCCAGACAUCUUAUUUGCUUCUCUGCUUUGGUCUAACCUGGAUACCAAUUGCUGGGGUCCUUUUCCCAUUGUUAAUCAUGCUUCUUAUCCCAGUAAGGCAAUAUUUCCUUCCCAAAUUUUUUAAAGCAGCUCAUCUUCAAGAGUUGGAUGCUGCAGCAUACGAGGAAGCACCUGCUAUCAGUUUCAACUUGUCAUUCGAAAAUUCAGGUAGUCAGGCAACAACAGACAGUAUUAAUAGUGGGGAAAUUCUUGAUGAAAUUAUUACAAGGAGUCGCGGAGAGAUCUGCCUCAAAAAAAAUUCAAGGUGUUCAACUCCAAUAUCACUUGGAGAUGCUAUAACCACUUAUGGAAACAUCUCAAAGGAUUCACAGCCAUUGAGUAACUCAACUGAGAGGGGAAAACAGCCUAGGAUCAAUUAUGAAGGAGAUCAAGUUCAAGAUAACUACUAGUCCACGGCCAUCAUUUCUUGGAAAAGAAUCCAACGGUUCACCUUCAAGCUAAUAUGGUAUCCUUAAGUUUGACGAAAAUAGUUUUAAGUGAUGCACUAGAGGUCACGAGCUUGAUUUAUGUAACGGAAGUCGACUUAUAGAUGUUUGUCUUUGACUCUUCUUCCUUUCAAUCUCUUACCAUAUUAACUACAUUAUUCCUUAAUACAAAAGGAGCAGGGGUAGUUUCAAGUUGA